UGGUGACUCCGCCAUGUCAUCACAAACAAAUAAAACCAUCAUUGACAAUCUCCAACUGGCUUACAGGGCUGUUCUUCUCCAAAUUGUUCGCAGUUUGGAGAAGGAUCAGCAAGAGCAGCUUCGUUUCUACUUUAAAGAGCUCAUUAAGAUGGGAGAUCCUAGAGCUUUGAGCAUUCUGUCUUCCUUAGAAAAUGAGGGAAAGAUCUCUUGGACAGAUGUCUCUUUUCUAAAAGACGGUUUGCGUGAAGUAGGAAGACUGGAUCUGGCAAAAAACUUAACGGAGUUCGAGAUCAAGCGAAAUUUGACAGUCCUUCUUGAUUUCUAUGCAAGGAUGAGGCAAGGAAGCAGGGAAUCGAGCAUUCGAUCUGCUCUCGAUUCAGUAGAAAAGGUCGCAGAAUAUUUGUUGAUAAUUACUAGGGACGUAGCUCAAGACGGAUUUGAUGUUAGCGAGAGCGUCAGAUCUUUGGUGGGGGAGUCGAGAGAUGUUAAGAACCUCAUGCGUGAGUUUGAAGAGAAAUGUGAUCAAGAACUGACUGAUCCAUGGAGUAAGCUAACGCUUCUUAUCGUCUUCAGCUGUGAAAUUCUUGCCGUGGCUUUGGCGAAGGAAGAGCAUCACCAGAAGCAGGAAGUAAUGAGGUUGCUUUUCACAGCGGCUGAAGAUCUCUUCCCUCGGAUAUUGAAACUGGGAAAUUGGGUAGGCUAAAGUGAAAUUUAAUUAGUUGAGCGAUCAACGAUUUUGACCAUUAAUAUUUGAGGUCUAGUUUACUAAAUGGCAGUUUCAUAUUGUUUUUGAUGAAGGAUGUUAUAAACCCUGGCCUAUAAAUAAUUAAAACACACCCCUUACUUUGAGGUGAUUGGUUUUAAUGAAACACGUGAUGUGAAUCGAAAAUCGAAAGUAGAUAUGGAAAGGGGAACGCGUUGCGACCUGCAUGAGGAUACUACGCUACCUCUAAUAUUUCGGAUUCUUUGGGUUUCAGUAGUGUUUGUUCCCCACCACCUUUUGACAAAUUUUACGAUCAAAAAGAAGCCUUGAAGUCUCGUCCGUGAGUUGACAAGACAGCGACUAAAAUUGCGUCUCCCACUAAAGGAAACAGCUGAAACAGGAAGACGCCCGUUCAAGCACACAGGCUUGGUUUACUUUAAGCUAGAGGUGUCAGAAGAGUUACGCAGGGAUCUGACUGACUUGUGGCAGCCAAGCGUUCUUACCGACGUUGUUAUUUAAUCUUUUAAUGACGGCUCUUCUCAUCAUUGCGAAGCAGAAUUCGCUAAGGAAUGGAUAGUUGACCCACAUCAAAGAUAAAAACACUUCUUUUUUAAAAAGCUUUCUACAAGGAUAGUAUAAUCUUCUAUAUUUUAACUGUCGGUAUUUUUUGAAUUUAUCUUAUUGCGACUUGAAAACCUUAAAUAGAUUUUUUAAAUUAGUGUUUUUAGCAAUACAGUUGUGAAUUUAAUUAAUUUAAAAACAACCAUUGUCAAGCGUCAUUGAGCUCAUAGAAAUGGCGCUAUAUAAUUUUUGCAUUAAUAUUAUUAUUAUCAUUAUUGUUAUUAUUAUUAUUAUUAUUAUUAUUAUUAUUAUUAUUAUUAUUAUUAUAUACGGGAGCCCAUAAUAAUAAUAGUUAUAUUAUUAUUAUAACUUUGGGGUAUGACAUGGCUGGAAUUCUUUUUGACCUACGUGUUUGUUUAUCUGUUUGUUUUUUCUUUUUCAGGAAGAGUUUUGCGACCAUGUGACUAAACGAUACCAUCUUGUUUAUAAUCAGGAGAACGCAGUGUCGGAUACAGAAGCCACCAGCCUAACCAUCAAAAAGCAGAUAGCGGAUGUAGUCCAACACUUGAAGCAGACCAACUUUUUCUCGUAGAAAGGCUGUUAAAUCCUGGUGUUCAUUAGCGACGGGGUUGGAGUCGUAAGAGUGCUUAUCAUAGUUAAUGACAUAGUGAAUAUUAAACAUUGGAAGUGUAAGUAGCUCGACGUAAUCGGAUAUGGAAGGAUCACAACGCUUUCAUGCACUUCUGGGUCCGUUAGUUGAGUUGUUUUUUCACUGGAUUUUAAUCUCUGCGCUUUUAAUUCUGAUAACGACUCCAACUCCGUCGCUGGCGAAGAUCAUCCUUUAACUGCUUGUUCUUUUUUUUUUAUUCAACCGGCCCACUUUUU